AUGUCCAGCCUGGCAGACGGGGGCCGUAAACCUGCAAGACCUCCCCCAGCUGCGCAAGUCUCCCGGACUCCUCGCUGCCCUCCCUACGGCGACCUGCGUGGGACGAAAGGGGAGCCGCCCGAGCUGCCUUUGGCAGCAGCCGCCACGUGCGAGGCCUGCGGCAAGGACGAGCGCGAGAUGCGCUGGGCACGCGCGCGUGCAGGAGCGUGGUUCGUGCAGUGCCAUGCCGACGUCCAGGGGACUUGGCGUGAGCACGUGCCCGGGGUGGAGCAGCAGGAAGACCAGUCCCAGGGCUCCCAUCCUUGCAGGCCUUCGUGGCUCGCAGAGGACGAAAUCACAGCAGCGGUGUUCAGCCGCACGACGAACCUGCUCCGCAGCGGGAUCUUGCGGAAGCCACCCGUGUGGUACGAGGUGUACGUCGCCUUCCCGCCGCGCCGCGAGCCGCUGUACCGCCCCUCCCGCCGCUUCUUCCGCCAAGUCAAGGACGUGGUGCCGGACAUCGUGUACCCGGAGGACACCAUCCGCGCGAAAUUUUACGAAGUUUAUGGGAGCGGUUCGAGACCCUUUCAGCUCCAACAAACAAACUUUAAAUCCUGUUGCCAGAGGUUUGUGGAGGAAUACAAUGAAUUGAAGAAAGAAGGGGAAAUUAAGGAGGAAAAUCUGUUUGAGGAAACGGGAAAGUUGCUUUUAGCAAAGGGAAUGAUUCUGCGGAGAAAAACAGCUGUGAAUGUAAUACCUGCUGAAACGGCAUUCACAAUGACGCUGCCAAACAUGUUGAAGGAGCAAGUUCAUGAAGAGCAGCAGCUGGAAUCCACAGAAGGGCAGAAGGAAAAUCCUUUACCAUCCUAGCAGUUUUGUUUCUCAGCUCAGUUGCCCUGGGACAUAAUGUAACAAGGUGUUACCCACCUAUGGUCUGGUAGAACAAUGAUGGUCCACAUGAACCAUCUGACUGUAAGAUGCUUACGUGAAUGAAGCAUAGUUCAGUUGUUGAAUCGUGUUGCCUUGCAUGAACCUGUGUGAGAUGCUAACUUCAGCGUUCAUCUCCCUCCCCUCCUGCCUUUAAAAUGGAGUUUGUCCUCAAAGGUUCAGGGCUUUCUUGUAUCCUGAAGUGGAAAAUACGUUGGAGAUUACAGUGGAUUAGACUAUUAAAUUUUGGAUUAUAUUCACUCUUUAGGAAUAUUGCUUUUUUGUUUGUAUAGGGGUAACUUUCUUUCUCACACUGGGCAGACUGGAUGGCUCUGCGACUCUCGGUUGAAUUUCCCUUUCUUUUUUUGUACAUAUUGAAGUGGUGUAUGCUGUACUCACAUGUCCUAAAACUUGUAUAAAAUGACUUCAAACCAUCA